AUGCUUUGGACAGAGCCUGCCGGCCAGGUCAAUCCUGGCAAGACUCGGAACUCAACACACUUCAGUACCGUACAAUAUGGAGAGACAGCUUUUAGUGAGAUACGCCGAUUCGUUGUCGUUCGCAACAAGGGUGACUUCAGUCAGUGCAUCCCAAUCCAAACUUAUAGAGGUCGCGGCGCUGCAAAACCGGGUCUUAGAAUGAGUGAUCACGGCGUCAUUCAUACUACGAUAAUCGCACCCAACUUGCUUCCAGGUGAGGCACUAACGAAAUACUCAAUCCAAGUACAAUCGACCGAAGGUGAAUACCUUGAGCCGGAAAGCCGUGUCAACUACGGUAAGGCAUACGCUGUUGAGCACAAUGUUAAAGUUCUCGACGUGGGAAUGGUGGUAGAAGGCCAUCGUUAUCUAAUCAAGGAAUACUUUGAUGCUGCGAUGCAGGCAGAAUGA